UAUGCGGACCCGUGGGGAUGACGGGACGCUUUCGGCGCUCCUCUGCCCACCGGACGGCUUGGCGUGUGUAAAUAAACGCGGAGCGUCGCUCGGCUAGCGUGCUAGGUCAUCGUUAGCUCGAGCUAGCCCUCGCGCGGUCACCUGCGCUGUCGAGAAGUUUUAAACAUGGCGUGGCUGCGGAGCUACUGCGAAGCCAACGCGUCCAUCUCCCAGACCUGGGCCGACGAAGGCAUCGCCCCCUGUUUCUACUUCACCCUGGUUCCCACCGUCUUGCUCACCAUCUCAAUCUUCCUCGGAACCCUCCACUGUAUGUUCUACAAGCACUAUGGCACCACGAUGGAACCCAAGUUCAUCCCACGCUCCCGUCUCUACGGCAUCCAGCAGGCCAUCUCUGUCCUUCUUAUGGUCCAGUUUCUGGGAGGAUUGGUGUGGCGGGCGUCCAGUGGGGGAGAACUGCCGGGCUACGCGGUGCUGUACGCGUGCUUCUCGGCAUCAGCCUGGGUCUGGGCCAUAGCCCUUCUCAGGAUUGAGAGACAUAGGGCCCUUGUGAUGGACCGCACAAGAGGCCAUAGCGCGGCGCUGCUGCUGUUCUGGGCUUUGGCAUUCUCUGCGGAGAACCUGGCUUUCGUGUCCUGGUACAGUCCUCACUGGUGGUGGGGGCUGGAGACUCAGCAACAACAGGUACAUUUUGCCCUGUGGCUGAUGCGCUACAUUGGAACCGGGAUGCUCUUCUUCGUUGGUCUGAAAGCUCCAGGGCUGCCGCGGAGACCAUACAUGCUGCUCAUCAACGAAGAUGAGCGGGAUGUAGAGCACGGGAGACAGCCCCUACUGGGUAGAGCAGCGGAGUCCCAGUCUACCUGGCAGGGUUUCAGGAAGAAGGUGUGGCUGCUGUUGCCCUACAUGUGGCCCCGGGGCAGCGUGUUCCUCCAGUUACUCGUGGUUCUCUGUCUGGCGCUGCUGGGCCUGGAGAGAGCCAUUAACGUCUUUGUGCCAAUUUACUACAAGAACAUAGUGAACGAUCUCACGGGUGGCAGCAGCUGGAACACCGUGGCCUCCACAGUGGGCAUCUAUGUCAUGCUCAAGUUCCUGCAGGGUGGCGGGGCAGGUGCAUCAGGCUUCGUCAGCAAUAUGCGCUCUUUCCUAUGGAUCCGGGUGCAGCAGUACACCAACCGCGUGGUCCAAGUACGCCUGUUCGCCCACCUACACUCCCUCUCCCUGCGUUGGCACUUGGGCCGCAAAACUGGCGACGUCCUGAGAAGCAUUGACCGCGGCACUUCCUCCAUUAAUAGCCUUCUCAGCUACAUUGUGUUCAGCAUCUUUCCAACCAUCGCUGACAUCGUCAUCUCCAUCAUCUAUUUCGUCACCUACUUCAACGCGUGGUUUGGCCUCAUUGUCUUCGUCUGCAUGGCCCUCUACCUCACUCUGACCAUCAUCAUCACCGAAUGGAGAACCAAGUACCGGCGUGACAUGAACACGCAGGACAACAACGCCAAGUCCAAGGCCGUGGACUCUCUGUUAAACUUUGAGACGGUGAAGUACUACAAUGCAGAAAAUUACGAGGUCAAUCGUUUUGAGGAUGCCAUCCUCAAAUACCAGUUGUCAGAGUGGAAAACCCAGGCUUCCCUGGCCUUCCUGAACCAAACCCAGAACUUGAUCAUUGGAUCAGGACUGCUUGCCGGCUCCCUGCUCUGUGCCUACUUUGUGACCGAGGGACGGUUUGAGGUUGGAGAUUUUGUCCUCUUUGGCACCUACAUCAUCCAACUCUACACUCCUCUUAACUGGUUUGGAACCUACUACAGAAUGAUUCAGAAUUCGUUCAUUGACAUGGAAAGCAUGUUCAAGCUAUUCGAGGAGGAAGAAGAGGUGCAGGAUGAUGUAAAUGCAGGCAACCUGCUUUACAAACAGGGAAAAGUGGAGUUUGAGAACGUCUACUUCAGCUACACUAAUGGAAAGGAGAUUCUGAGGGAUGUAUCGUUCACCGUGCUCCCAGGACAGACCGUUGCCCUGGUUGGCCAGUCAGGCUCCGGUAAGAGCACCAUCAUCCGACUGCUCUUCAGAUUUUACGACGUUCAGGGAGGCUGCAUUCGCAUCGAUGGCCAGGACAUAUCCAAGGUGAAGCAAACAUCCCUGCGAGCCCACAUCGGUGUGGUUCCCCAGGACACUGUGCUGUUCAAUGACAACAUCCGUGACAACAUUCGUUAUGGCCGCAUCUCCGCAACUGACCAAGAAGUGGAGGAGGCCGCCACAGCUGCCGACAUCCACGAUAAGAUCGUGGCCUUUCCUGAAGGUUAUGAUACCCAGGUGGGUGAGAGAGGUCUGAAGCUGAGCGGGGGGGAGAAGCAGAGGGUGGCCAUCGCCAGAACCAUCCUCAAAGCACCACAGAUCAUCCUAUUGGAUGAGGCUACAUCUGCACUUGACACGCAGACAGAACGCAACAUUCAGGCUUCGUUAGCCAAAAUCUGUGCCAAUCGCACUACAAUUGUUGUAGCGCACAGGUUGUCCACCAUCAUCGGUGCACACCAGAUUCUGGUUGUCAGUGAGGGACAGAUAGCUGAACAAGGACGGCAUGAGGAGUUGCUACUGAAGGGCGGUUUGUACGCAGACAUGUGGAUGAAGCAACAACAGGCCCAGGACUCGGAUGACGCUUCAGACACAGAGUCCAAAGACCUUAAGUCUGAAAAACUACAGCCACCAUCAACCUCUUCAGGCCACCAUCACCAUUGAAUGUAGUUGGUUUUGUUUGUUUGUUUUGUUUGUUUUUUCAAAACAAAGUGAGGGAGUGUUUUAUUCUCACACACACACAAGAACUCUGAAUUCAGACUCCAAAGCUAACAAAGUUGAUACUGCAGUUUGAUGUACAUGAAGGCAAGGUGCCUUUUUUAGAACACUGAAAUGCCAGAAACACUCUGAAAAUAUUUGUAUGCCUCAAAACACUUCAAUCUUUGCACAGUAAGGUAUCAGUUGUGAUCAUACUCAUAGUUAGGGGUGAUAAUUUUAAGCCUGUUUAUUAUUAUUAUUAUUUUCAUUUUAAAUAUUUGCUGAGGUUGAUCAUUUUGCAUUGCACUGGCCCUGGUCAAGUAUAAGUUGCAAUAUAUUAUCGCUUUUGAAAAACAGCAUAACAUCUGCAAUUAAGGCUGUUAGUCAAAGAAUGGGCCAUUUCCGUAGUAUUAUUAUUUUAAUAACUUGGACGUUCUUCAUAGAUUUUAUGGCAAGAGACAAAAUAAUUACAAGGAAUGGACAUUAGGUCAAUCUAAUGACCUCACUGCUGCGUGAAUUGUUUGUUUGAGAGUUGAUGAAUGUAUUUGUUCUAUUUAUGAUAUCAGGUAAAUUGUCAUUUUGAAUAGACAAAAGAUCGUCCAGGGCAUUACAAUUUCUCAGUUCUUCUGCUGUUUACUCAUUCGAGAAUGGCAAUCGGAGCAAUAAACAAGCAGUCAGUCAUUUUAUCAUGUUUAUUUUUUGUCAGUAAAGUGCCCUCGUAUUGAGGAUGUAAAGACACUUGAAACCUUUUGUGGAGGUUUAGUCUGUCAUAUCAAAAAUAUGAUUGGAUUUUAUUUUUAUUCAAAGCCUUUCUUUGAUAUUGUCUCUUAAAUGGGAGAGAGUUGUUUUAUUUAAAGUAAUGCUGUUUAAAGCCAUUGCAGUACCAUCUGUAUAUCUUGGAUUACCAAUAUGGUGUGGGAAUUGUGGAUGUUAUGAUUUUAUGUGUAUAUUGUGAAUAUUUUAUCAAGUAGCAGUGUCGAGAAAACAAAGGGAAGGGAAUCAGCGACUGAACAUUUUGAAAUCUCCUUCAGUCAAGAGAAAACUGUCAAAGUAAAAAAAAAAUCUUCCUCUUGGCUCAGUUUAAAGCCAUACCAUCUUACUGAAAAGCCUUUAUGGUAGUCGCACCCAUGUGAUCGCCCUGUCCCCCGUCCAUAAUUAUACAUCAGUUCUGCAUUAUGUUGUGAUGCUUGGAAUAAAAGG